UGAUCCCCUCCUCCUUGUUUCCUUCCUUAGAAAGAGCCCGGGAUUAUCUGCACAAGACUGGAAGGUUCAUUGUAAUUGGUGGAAUCGUCUCACCUGUACAUGACUCCUAUGGGAAGCAGGGCCUGGUCUCCAGCCGACACCGUCUGACCAUGUGCCAACUGGCCGUCCAGUCCUCUGACUGGAUCAGGGUGGACCCCUGGGAGUGCUAUCAGGACACCUGGCAGACUACCUGCAGCGUACUGGAACACCACCGUGAUCUGAUGAAGCGAGUGACUGGCUGCAUCCUCUCCAAUGUGAACACGCCUUCCAUGACCCCAGUGAUUGGACAGCCCCAGAAUGAGUCUCCACAGCCCAUUUACCAGAACAGCAAUGUUUCCAACAAGCCCACGGCAGCAAAGAUCUUGGGGAAGAUGGGAGAAAGCCUGAGCCGGAUUUGCUGUGUCCGUCCACCAAUGGAGCGCUUCACCUUUGUGGAUGAGAAUGCGAAUUUGGGGACCGUGAUGAGAUACGAGGAGAUUGAGCUUCGUAUCUUAUUGCUUUGUGGCAGUGACCUGCUGGAGUCCUUCUGUAUCCCAGGCCUCUGGAAUGAGUCUGAUAUGGAGGUGAUUGUCGGGGACUUUGGGAUCGUGGUGGUGCCUCGGGACGGCACAGACACAGACCGGAUUAUGAACCAUUCCUCAAUACUCCGCAAGUACAAAAACAACAUCCUGGUUGUGAAGGAUGACGUGAACCACCCAAUGUCUGUCGUCAGUUCAACUAAAAGCAGACUGGCCCUGCAGCACGGGGAUGGACACGUUGUGGAUUACCUGUCUCAGCCCGUCAUUGACUACAUCCUCAAGAGCCAGCUGUAUAUCAACGCCUCUGGUUAAAGCCUGAGGCGCUGCAGCAAGGCAGCCCCACCGCUCCACUUCCCUCCAGCUCUCCAUCACACUUCUCGCUCUCUGUGUGUCUGUCUCUCUCUCUCUCUCACAGCCUCCGGCGCGUCCGCCUGUCUCACUCACUGACUCUAGCGCUCCAUAGUGCAGGAAUCUCCAGGGAGCUGUGGCAAACCACCAAUGGUACACAGCUCGGCAAUCUGCUUUGGAGAACCCUUCCCCUUCAUACACCGGGGGGCAGGGGGUACGGUAAAUAGAGAUGUACCCAGCAUGCCUUAGGGAGGUGGCUCUGGUGUCCACCUUCCCAGCAUGCCCUAGGGAAGUGAUCCUGGUGUCCACCUUCCCAGCAUGCUCCAGGAACAGGGGCUCAGUCUUUUCCCAUCUUACGGCACUUAAGCUAAAUAAAACACGGUGGAUCUUUUUAUUAAUAGUUUUAGUGUGAGCCCCUUGGCCUCGCGACAUG